UGCCCACGAGGGAGGGCGUGUGUGCAGGCGUCGCCUCCCACGUCCCUUGCCCGUAGCUCGGCUGGUGGAGGUCAGUUAGCCCUAAAGCCGCCCAGCCGUUCGUGUAUCCUACGGUGUUGUGAGGAUUAUUUAAUCGUCACCGUGGCGUUUCCCAGGCAGCAGGCUUAAUUGUGCUGUCGCUGUUCCCUGUGCCGCAUGGACAUCCCAACGUGUAUUCAGAUCGAUCUGUGAUGAAUACAGCAGGAAAUGGUGUGGCGAGUUCCUUGUCGUCUGCAGGCAUGUGCUGCACAUGCAGUGGUUGUCCCACUUGUCACUGUGACUGAAUUCAAGAUUCGCCGUCAUCUUGCCAACAUCCCCGCUGAACUGCUUAUUGCCAGGGCCACAGCUGAACUACUGUUGCAUGGAAAUGAACAUGAAGAUGAUUAUGAAAAAACAUUGUAUGUCUAUGCUUCUGGAAGUGAUGAUGACAGUGAUGAAGCACCACAUGCAAUGGCUUCUGGAAAUGAGACUCCAAUACAAAUGGACACCAUGGAUCAUGUGAUGCUGCAAGUGAAGACUGUAGUGGAGGAGGUGAAGCAGUGGUGGAAGAUGAUACCAGAUACAAGUGCAGGACCAAAACAUGUUCUGGAGUUGGCCCUUGAUGCCCACACUGAUGUACGCCCGAAGCAAGACCAAGACUUUCCGCGACAUUUAUCAUGUUUACUGCUACGGUUGGUGCUCCUUCAAGAGGUCUUUCUUGACCGAGACUAUGGAGAUAAAGAUCGACGGUGUGUGAUACCUUUUGCUUGGGAACGCUGGACUGCCAGAUUGGUGGCCAAUCUGGCACCUUUUGUCCAGAUGGUCCAUUUGAAGGUAUAUGGAGGCUUAUACCCAAGCAUAUUAGCAGCAGUGUUGCGGGGAGCCUCACACCUAGUCUCUCUUCAUAUCUCCCAUAUUAACAUCACAGAUGAAAUCCUGCUAGUUAUUGCAAGGAAGUGCUCAAAGCUUCAUACACUCUACCUCCUUCAUAACUUCCUUUGGUUAGUUAUUUCUAUGAAGGCAUUCUGUGCUGCAUUUUUUGGUGGUGCUACUCAUCGGGAAGUCAAUUAUGCUUAUAAGGGAUUUCUCCAGGAAAUCAAACAAACUUUUCCAAAGCUAAAGAACAUUGAUCUAGCCUAUGGUGAUACUGAAGUGGCCAGGGAAUUUCACAAACUUUUACUCACUUUUUAUCCUGACCUGGAAAACCUCAGCUGCCCCUGGAAAACCACCUACUUUGAGGAUGGCUAUCAGAAUCAUGGCCAUGAUGUUCUUUUACCACUUGUAUCCCACAAGCGUCUCCUUGCAAUUCAAAACGUUUUCUUCACUGACAAUACUUUAUACAAUCUUGGGCAUCAGUUCCUGCACCAGCUCACUUCUUGUUGCCCACAGGUACAGAUUAUUACUCUGGAUUGUAAUUUACGAGAACCUAAGCAGAGGUCUGAGGUUGCUGGCAAUCAACUUGUGAAGCUAAAAAAUUCUUGGAAACAUCUAGCAAAACUGCAUCUCAAUGUAAAUAGCGAAAACCACUUAACACAAGCACUGCUGCUGCCCUUCCUGCAGGCUCACGGGACCAAACUUACCACCCUUACAGUGGAGGCAACAUCACCUGGCCAGAAGCUCCAUGUUUCUACACUCUGCAUCUUAUUACAGGAAUGCCCCAAUCUUACCCACCUUGGGAUCCGGGUGUGGAGCAAGAACAUGGUGGAAGCAGAGCUGGAUGACCAAGGACAUCUUGGAAUACCAAACUGUUUAGCUCUUCAAGCAUUCACUUUGCAUGAAGAAGGACCAGGAGAUGCAGAUGAGGCAGAAGCAGAGAAAAGGCAUGCAGAGCAGUGGAUGGCACUGCUGCAAGGUGUGGUGGCUGCUGCUCCAAACCUAUAUAGCCUGAGUCUCAGCAUAUGUUCUGGACUGACAUCCAUCUUGAAUAAACUUGCCAGCAAUGUUCACAUCCUUCAUUUGCAUGUAAAAGAUGGUUAUGAAUGGCAACCCACUGCUGACCAAGUGUGGCAGCUUGUGUGUCGAUUGCCACAUUUGCACCACCUGUACCUUGAGGAGGUGUGUGGCCAGCUAUACUGGACACUCAAGCGCCACUAUCAACAUGCUGACCUACAGCUGCACUGGGGCAACCUCUAUGGGUGGCCUAGGACUUAAAUCUGCUUAUAUGUAAGCCCCAUAAGCAACGUUCCAUACAAUCUUGUUACUAUAUUCAUGAUCUUAAUCCUGCAAGUGAGAUAUCAAAAUUAUAAGUAAUAAUGUUCACAUCCUUCAUUUGCAUGUAAAAGAUGGUUAUGAAUGGCAACCCACUGCUGACCAAGUGUGGCAGCUUGUGUGUCGAUUACCACAUUUGCACCACCUGUACCUUGAGGAGGCGUGUGGCCAGCUAUACUGGACACUCAAGCGCCACUAUCAACAUGCUGACCUACAGCUGCACUGGGGCAACCUCUAUGGGUGGCCUAGGACUUAAAUCUGCUUAUAUGUAAGCCCCAUAAGCAACAUUCCAUACAAUCUUGUUACUAUAUUCAUGAUCUUAAUCCUGCAAGUGAGAUAUCAAAAUUAUAAGUAAUAAUGUCAAAAAUGACAUUUUAUUAAGAUCUAGUACAAUUAAGGGAAAACAUGAUUUUCAAUAUACUUUUCAAAGUACAUGUUACAUAAUUUUCCUAAUAAAUUCUGCAUACAGUUUAAUAACAUCACACUGUAAAGGAUUACAGAAGCACAAUUCCAGACACCUCAUCCUUUCACCGACCUCUUUGCAGCACAAAAGGCUAGAAUCAUUGUACAUAAAUUACACAAGUAUCACACAUGAUGGCUGCAGACUUUAUAAUCUGUGACAUAUAACAAACAGUACUUCAAGAUUCUCACACAUAAAGCAAGAAAACUAAUAAUAAUAGAGAUCAAAUACUGAUAUCAAUCAAGAUUUGUAUAUACAUCAUGUAUUGUUUGGCCGAUACCCACCAGAAUCAGCCAAUAGAUAACCUUGACCAGACACCACAAAAGACUCACUGCCUGUCAUUCCUCACAGCAUUCCACUGUUACAUUAUUACUGUUUGAAGAAAUAACUGUCUUCUUAUGGGUGACAUCAUCUAACACUUAAAGCCAAGCAACAACAGAUGAACAAACAUGGGAGAAAAGCAGUGAAGUAGAAUAGAGUUAAAUCAGAUUUGCUGAAUAAUGCAGUGAGUUAAUUUAACACUUCUUAAAUUUAGUAACAAAAAUUCUGUAGGGAACAUACUUCAUGUGUUAAAGAUAUAAAAUAAACCAGACAGAUAUGAAGUCAUUCUUGUCACCUUGUAAAGCCAUAAUAAACUUAAAUAAGCAGUUUUCCAUUGUAUGUUUUUCAUAAAGACAUAUGAUGCUAUAAAAAGAGAAAAAAACAUGAUAGAAAUUAAGAAUAGCAGCAUAGGGCAUUCAUGAAGACUCUCUUGGUUAAAUCCAUUUAAGUGUUGAAUAAUUAUUAAGCAAAUAAUAAUUUCAGUGACUGAUGAUAGUUUCAUUAUUGUUUUUGGCUAAACAAUAUAUACAUUAAACACCUUAGGCUGAUUAAGUAUAAGAACUUAUGUAAGUUUCUCCAGUAAAUUACAGUGACAGUUGAUGGCAGAACUGUACUUUAAAAUACAGGGAAAAUAAAAUGUCUGGCCUUCAAACACUGAAGUGUAGUCCAUUCAAGUGCACCCUUGGCUGGUUGAUGAGUGUUGGUGAGAUGGUGCACUAAUCCUUUGUUUUGCUUCAUAAUGAUAGGUUUGAUUGUUGCAGUGAUUUUGUUCAUGUAUAUGACAGAAAUAAGCAAACAUUGAAAGAAGAAGAAAGAGGAAGAGUAUGAAUAAUGGUUAUUGCUAUUGUCAUUUAUGAUAGUUGUGGAAAACGCUGUGGUGGUAGAGUGAGUCUGUAUGAUUAUUUCUUGUUUCUUUCACAUUCUGGCUGUCUCAUUAUUGUUUUGUUUCUAUCAGCUCAUGGCAAGGAAACACCAGUUCCCUCUGCAGAGUGUAAAAGACAGGAAAAAAAGUUGUAUCAGAAUAAAGUUGUAUAAUGUA